AAAGUUAACUUUAAAAAAAAAAAAUCAAUGGGCGUUUCCCUGACAGGACAUUUAUCUAUCAGAAUGUGACUGCCUACACAGCCUGUGAGCACUAGACAGAGAGCGGAGCACAUCCAGGCUCCACUAACAUGCCGGGACACCAACCACCCAAAACACACUCAUAAAUUCCUGACUUCUUCCUGCUGGAAAAGGAGCGGCCAACCAUGGAAAUAGGAGAAUUACCCGGGUGUGUCGUCAAAGCCACAGGAGAGAAGAAAACACUGCACUAAGCUGCUUAUGACUUCGAAUGAGAGAAGACAGAAAUGAUGAGGGUUUCUUCAAUAUACUAAAAUCGUCCUUCUAAAAGAUGCAUCCAAGAGGCCCUCCAGUUCCUCUACCCCCACCACCGCCACCAGUCCUUCCACCACCACCUCCGCCACCACCUCUGUCCUACCAUGGCCCUGGCCUUUUCGGUAAGGGGGAUCGCCGGCGCUCUCGGAUGCGUAAUUUCAACUGGGAAACCCUUCCCAAACACAGCGUGAUCGGAAAGCACAACAUCUGGACAGCAGACAAAGACGAUGGAGAAUAUGAGCUGGACACGGCGCACAUGGAGGAGUUGUUUAGUCACAACCAGGGCCAACAACAUCCCAGGGCCCUGAACCGUCAAAGUUUGAGGGGCCUUCCAGUUUCUGGCUCAGGAACAGAAAUGGUCUCCAUCCUCAGCUCCAAGAGGAGCAUGAACAUAGGAAUAUUUCUGAAGCAGUUCAAGCGGCCUAUAAGAGACAUGAUCUAUGACAUCAAAUCAGGGAAUGGUCACAGUUUUGGUUUUGGAAAGCUGCGGGAAUUGUGCAAGCUGCUGCCAGAUGAUGGGGAGGUGAAGGAACUGCUGAAAUUUAAAGGCGACCCAUCUGCUCUCUCUGAAGCUGAUCUUUUUAUGUUGAUGAUGGUCAAAACCCCAAGUUAUGAAGAGCGUCUGAACUGCUUGGUACUAAAGGAGGAAUUUUUUCCUCUUGUGGAUGAGCUUAAAGAAUUUCUUGGGACUCUGACAGCUGCAGGGAGAGAGCUGUUAGAGUGUGAAAAUCUCCAUUCUGUCAUUCGCUUGGUGUUGAAGACUGGGAAUUACAUGAAUGCUGGCGGCUAUGCGGGCAGUGCCAUUGGUUUCCGGAUGUCGUCUCUGCUAAAGCUGGCUGAUACAAAAGCAAACAAACCUGGAAUGAAUCUCAUGCAUUAUGUUGUGAUGCAAGCGCAGAAAGCAGAUGAAGCCCUUCUGCAUUUCCCUAAACAACUGAAGCACAUUGAAAGUGCUGCAAGAAUAAAUAAUAGUGACGUGGAAGCUGAGUUUGAAAGAUUGGUGAAGAAAAUACAAGACGCCAAAGCAGACAGCGAGAAAGAGGAAGACCUGAAGACACAGAUGGAGAACUUUCUGAAGGAAGCCGAGGUCUGCUUGGAAGACGUCGAGAUGAACCUUGAUCAGUUGCAGUCAGUUAGCGAUACUGUAGCCGAGUACUUCUGUGAAGACUCCAACAAGUUCAAACUGGACGAGUGCUGCUCCAUUUUUCACUCUUUCUGUGAGAAGUUCAUGAAAGCCAUGCAGGAAAACAAGGCCAGAGAGAUGACAGAGAUGAAACAGAAGCACAGAGACCGAUUGCAGAACCCAGCCAAGCGCAGAUCGACAGCUACCUGCUCCAGCAGAGACAAGGAAAUGAAAGGAAUUGCUUUAGAGUACGUACUGCAGAAUUUACUCACAGACCGCAUCCCUGGAAGGAAAUCUGGAAAGUUCUCGCCGGCUAACGGAAGCCCAAUCAACGGGAGCAUAUCAGAGAUCUCGUCUCUGACAGAGCUGCCCUCUGAAAGUCAUAACCAAAGAGACACUUAUAGAGUUAAAGGAAUGUGCACUAAAGAGUGGAACUCUGCAGUCGACCUGACUGGGAGUUUCUCACAAAAGGAAGAGCGUAGACAUCUGAGUGACACUAAGGUCAAAGGUCAACGUUCUUAUGAAGAAGAGGAUUCUGAGGACUUGCCACACCAAAGAGCCCCCAGCAUCACCUCCUCAGCUAGGUCUUCCUCAACCACACCCAAUGAGGACAAUGAUCUGCAAGACAACAGUGAGGAAGAGGCACAAAAGUUACGGGAAGCGUCUAAAAAGGUUUGGAAUUUUCAGAAUGGCGUCUCAUCCGAGGACCUCUGUCUUGAAAAGCCGAAGGAAAAAUCCACCUUACGCCGCCAUCUGACCUUUGACGAGGAAACGCAAAGGUAUCCUGGAGAUCCCACCAAUGAGGAGCUGGUGCAGUUUUUGCUGGGUGCAGUGUCUCCCUCAAAACGCAACCUGAGUCGCCGACAUACUCUCCCUACCAACACCUCUAAAAAUACAAAGGAAGAGAAUAAUCUGCAAACUCAGACUUCAGUUAAAAGUCCAAACCAUUUGGCACUAGAAAGACAAACACCACCAGGAGAAAGUGUUGGACACACACUCCCAGUGUUUAACUUUACUGACAAUAAUGAUAAUCCAAGACAAUCUGGUUUUGAAGACAAUAAUUCUCUUUCAACAGAGGAGACAAAUGAUUCUUCAUCCUAUGAGUCAGAGGGUGUGCAGCAAAGUCAGAGCUGCACAGAGAGUAUAGAGAGCCACCUGCAGGUGAAGAAUGAAAGUGUUCCACAAAGGAACGACUGGUUCAAGAAUGAGACGUCUGGAGUUUUUUUCAGUUUUCUCAAACGCCUCGGAGAUUUAAGCAAAAUGCAGUACAACAAAGAAACUAUUCAUAAAAGUGUUGAUUCUGGGGUUUAGGUUUAGAAAAGACUUUUAUUUCAAAAACUGCAAUUUUAAUUUAAAGUUCAUUAAACAUUGGUGUUCUGAAAAUUACCUAUUGACAAAGUCUAUCCUACUUCCCCAUGUGAGGUUUAGUCUCACUGCAAAGGAUCAUUCAGGUCUAGAAAUGAGAUGAAUGGAUGAAUCAGUUUUGUAUAGGUUGUGGAAAUGAUCCUAUGUGUUUAUUUUAUUUUAUAACUUGUUUGAAGAAAGAAAUGUAAGAAGAGGCUUUCAGUUGAGGACAUAGGAAAGUUUGUGUUAGAAAAGUCAUGUAUACGUUGGUCCACUAAUGGGGGUAUUUCUCUGUAAGUUGAAAACGGGGCGUUUUGAAAUCCUGACAGUUUGUUUGCUGCUGAUUUCAAUAGAAAGAUGAGCAGUUUAGUUUAAAAUAAUGCUCACAGUGAGUGCAGCCCUGCAGAAUGAACAGAGGAAGUGCUUGGAUGUGUUGAGAAUGUAGGUCAGAAGAGUUUCGUUGGGGAAAAAAUGGAAACUUAUUUGUUUUUUCUUUUUGCUUUACUAUUUCUUUUCUGUAACUUGUCAGAUGAAUUAUGAUAACUUUCUGGUUUCUCUUGUUGUCUCGAGUGCACUGUGGUAUUGCAGAAAUGUCUGGACACUCUCAGAAUCUUGCUGAAUGUAGCCAUUGGUUUGUUUUAAAAAAUGUUAAGGAUACAAAGACUCUCUCUAUACGAGCUGAACCAUGACAGUCUGUGGAAAAGUGAAGGGUGCUGAUCUCAGAAUGACUUCAAAGCUAUUUUAAUGCCUUAAACCAUGACCAACAGUUAGGGGCUGAUGAUAUUAUAGUAAAAACUCAAAGUACUGCUGGAUGCACCAGGGGCAACUGGUCACCGAUGUCUUGGAUCAUACCAGAUCACUGUAGUUUAGGUUGUUGUUUGUUUUUUAUUUUAAUUUUUGAAGUAAUUAGUUUACUCCUUCUUUAUGAAGGAGCCAAACUUUAGUGUACUUUAAAACCGUAAAAAUGAACUCAUAUUUAGAUUUGCAAUUUAAAACCUUUCAACUAUCCUUUUAUAAAUAGUAUAUUUAUGAAAUGUGUGCUUAAGGAUUUUAUUUACUGCAAUGAUUAAAAAAAAGGAAGUCUACGCUUGUUGGUAACCUAAAAAGUUUCUGUUUUUGUGUGUUUAAAAGAGAAAAAAAAAUGUUUUGGUGAAUGUGUUUGCUUCAGUAAUCAUGUCUGCUCCAUGUGAGAUGAUUUGUUUUAUGGCAUAUAAAGCAGGACAUACAAUGUUUCUGAUACAAAGGAACUUGACUUAUUCCAGAACUAUUAUUCAAAAAUUUUCAAAAGAUGGUUUGUUACAUUUAUUCCAAUAAUUAUAUAAUUUGCAUAUUGAAACCAUCUACGGCUUGAAUUCUUAUUUAAGUGAUAAUGGUCUUGUUAAAUUGUCCUUUUAUGCUUAAAAACUGUAUUGUUAUAUUCUAGACUCCACCUGUGGUGACCUGAUAUAAGAUACAUGUAAGUCGAUACAAUAAAGAUUAGAUAACCAAAA